UGAUACCAAUGAACUCGCAUGUCGGCGUGGGAGUGACCUACAUAUACUCGUCGACGACGAGCUUGCAAUUGGCUCAGUGUCUUAAUACGUCUGGCUCUUAUCUAUUACGUAUCACGUCCCUCCCACUUACGAUGACUCUGCUUCCUCAUCCUCGAGUUGUAUUUUACAUAACAAGAUUUCUACAUCGCAUUAUCCGCUUCAUUCUUCAGCAGCAGGCGGGUCGCAUGAACGGACGUGGACAUGUUUUCCCGUUGGACGAUCGACAAGCUACCCUAUCAGUGACGAGACGUCGACCGCGAGCCUCCCAUUCGAGAUAAGUGAAGCUCUGGAUGGUGAAUAAUGAUAACACGACAUAGUUCUACAACAUGUCGCGCUGCUGCAGCGAGGAACGGGAUCUAUAAUGCUGCCUGACCCAAUUGAUGGCGAUAGAUAACUUUCCACCGAGACACUGCGGGAAAUUUCAAUAAAAGCUCAUGGUGCCAACCCCCUUUCAGACCUCAAGACUGCCACUUGUCUCUGGUCUGUCGUUAGGACUUAUCAUCAGCAAACUCGCACACGAUGUUGCGCCCAACUUUCAUCGCUUCUUGCCUUGCUGCUGUUGCGGCAGCACAUGGUGACCAUGAUCAGAAGGUCGUCGCUGGUCCUCAUCAAGGAUUGUGGUACAACACGUUACCGGGGGAUGGAGGCACUCAAGCAGAUUCCGUUUUCUCUGGCAUCUCGACCUUUGGCCGUCUCCCAUACCUACCAUGUCUAGCCAGCAAAGACAUCAACUACGACAUAGCUUUUAUUGGCGCCCCCUUCGACACCGGCACUUCGUAUAGACCUGGCGCUCGCUUCGGUCCUUCGGGAAUCCGUCAAGGGUCUCGUCGACUAAACCUCUACGGCGGCUACAACGUCCCCCUAGCUACCAACCCCUUCAACAGCUGGGCCACCAUAAUCGACUGCGGCGACAUCCCCGUGACCUCGUAUGACAACACCUUCGCCCUUUCGCAAAUCGAACGAGGCCACCACUCCAUCCUUUCCCGCAAACCCACCACCGAUUCUGCUCUGCCAGGUCCUUCCCUCCAGGGUAAAACCCUCCCACGCGUGAUCACCUUGGGAGGCGACCACACCAUUACGCUCCCCCUUUUACGGUCCAUCAACCGGUCCUACGGCCCCGUUUCGGUCAUCCACUUUGACAGCCACCUCGACAGCUGGCGACCCAAAGUUUUUGGAGGGUCUCCCUCAGAAGUCGCGUCGGUGAAUCAUGGGACUUAUUUCUACCAUGCGGCGCAGGAGGGCUUGUUGAGAAAUGAUAGUAAUAUCCAUGCGGGGAUCAGGACGACGCUCAGUGGCCCGAGCGGCUAUGAGAAUGACGGGUAUUGCGGGUUUGAGAUUGUGGAGGCGAGGGAGAUUGAUACGAUUGGGACGGAGGGAAUCAUCAAGAAGAUUAGGGAGAGGGUGGGUACGGAGAAGCCGGUUUAUUUGAGUUUGGAUAUCGACACGUUGGAUCCUGCUUUUGCCCCAGCUACUGGAACCCCUGAAACUGGCGGGUGGUCGACUCGAGAGCUUAGAACGAUUUUGAGAGGGCUGGAGGGAAUCAAUAUCAUUGCUGCUGAUAUUGUUGAGGUUGCACCUGCCUACGAUACCAACGCCGAGCAUACGACCAUGGCGGCAGCCGAUGCGUUGUAUGAGAUCAUGAGUAUCAUGGUCAAGAGAGGACCGCUCAGCCUAGUCAGUGAGCCGCACGAUCUUUAAAGUGUUGGCAGAUGAUGGACAACCGAACACGAACAAAUCGCCGACCAACGCAUCAUGAAGUGUGUUUCUGCGCUUGGAGAUGGUGAAUUUAGGGGAUGUGGUGAAAGCAAGUUUACCUAGGCACUGACAACCUUCCAACACCAUAUAGAGUGAGCUUCUAUGGAUGAAUCCGAGUUAUUUAUUGAAUGCUGAUUCAUAAUGAUUUUUCCAAUGCCCUUUUCAAGUCUCCCCAUUCGUUCCUUGUCUCGGACUUUCACUUAUAAUAUCCUUCACAUUUUGACGGUACACCAGGUGCUAAUGAAUUCUGGUUACUUUC